UGUCCGUUUCCCGGAGCGUAUUUAGCUGCUUAUAUUAGUGGAAUCGGAUUUAUCUUGUAGCCCAACUGCUCGCUUCUCUCUUCGGGCCGUUAGGAGCCGUUCUUCGGGGUCAGGGUUCAGUUAACCGGCCGGAAGUUCAGCUAAAUCUGGAGAAUCGCUGAUCGGCUCAGAGAAACUCCUGAAAUGUCUUCUGGAGAAGACAGAGCCAAGGAAAUACUGAAGGGCUUCAGACUAAACUGGAUGAAUCUGCGCGAUGCAGAGACUGGGAAGGUGCUGUGGCAGGGAACCGAGGACCUGUCGGUGCCAGGCGUGGAGCAUGAAGCCCGCGUACCAAAGAAGAUCCUGAAGUGCAAAGCCGUUUCCAGGGAGCUGAACUUCUCGUCUGCUGAGCAGCUGGAGAAGUUCCGUCUGGAGCAGAAGGUGUUCUUCAAAGGACAGUGUCUAGAAGAAUGGUUCUUUGAGUUCGGCUUCGUCAUCCCAAACUCCACCAACACGUGGCAGUCCCUGAUAGAAGCGGCGCCAGAGUCCCAGAUGAUGCCCGCCAACGUUUUAACGGGCAACGUGAUCAUAGAGACCAAGUUCUUCGAUAACGACCUUCACGUCAGCACCUCCAGGGUCCGGCUGUUCUACAUCUGACCCUCCAGCCUGCUGACGUCCUGCCAACAAACAAACGUCCAGGGUUAGCUGCAGGUCCACGGCCGCCCCGGAUCUCCAGCUGCCUCCACCAGCUCUCUCCCAUGUAGACCUCAGCUGGUCUGUGAUCCCAGCUCAGGAAUAGAUGUCCAUGUUUCCUCAGGAACGCAGAGAACGUAGCCGUCCCCGUUCUAGUCCAGCCUGGGCUCCAACCUGGGUCCACCUAGAUCAGACUCUAGCUUCAGGUCCAGUAGAGCAGAUCUACUGGUUCUGAACUGGGUGGAGCUGGGCUGGAUGCCGGAUAACCGGGCUUGGUUCUGGAGCUUCUGAUGGGUUAGCGGUUCUGAUGGCGGUAGUGGGCGGGACGUUCACCAGCAGACCACUAGUUAUCUCUGCUCCUUGGCUUCCAGGUCAAAGGUUAACUUCUUCCUUCCUGACGUAGACGAUGCGGCGACCUUUUUGGAUCUAGCUUUGUGUGUCAUUAAUGUGGUGACUUCAGCCCGGUUCUGUUGCUGCGGCUAGUUUGGACCUUCGGACCCGUGUUUGUUUCUUUAGCCUCUGAAGGACUGGUGUAAAAUAGCCGUGUGUUUUAAUCUGACUGGAUUAAAAUGCUCCCAUGUUGGAAUAACCUGCUGUGUGUUUCCUGACUGAUGGUGGGUCUGAAAGGUUCAGGACGUCCUGUCGGCGUCCCGCUGCUCCAGGUGACCUUUAACCCCUCCUGGAGCUCCGUCCUCCAGGUGGAGGCGUCUCCUGGCUGCUGAGCUCGCCGAUGUGCUGCAGCAGAAGGUCAAACGGAAACGCCUCGCCUUCCUGAUGAGGCGCGGCGCAGCUUAGCUUUCAUCUCCGUUAGCCUGCAGCAGACGGAGCCAGAAGCUCCGCCUCCAUGGCGUCUAACCACCACAGUCUGGGUUCGGUACCGAGCUAAUGAUGAUAAAGGUUAAUCGUUCAGGAUCUAUUGAGGAACAUCUCCUCCUGUGAUGCUCCUCUGCUGACGGUUCUGGCUCCUCCCCCUGCGGAGCAGCCGCCCGCCGACCCAAAGCAGCUAAAAUAAAAUCCUCUUCAGUUCCUUCUAAAUGUAGAGAAAGGAUCAAAUAUUCUCUAUUUAAAGACCAACCAGUUACUUCCUGUUUCACACGUUUAAUCUCAGUCAGAAAACACGUCCCUCAUUCUCA